GCGGGGGCGGCCCUGGCGCGCGCGCCGGGGACCUUAACGGACGCCUAACCGAUGGAGAGGCCAUCGUGGUUAUUUCAGUGGGGGCAGGCAAACAGGAGGUCAAAAUGCAGAUCUUCGUGAAGACCCUGACCGGCAAGACCAUCACCCUGGAGGUGGAGCCCAGUGACACCAUCGAGAACGUCAAGGCCAAGAUCCAGGAUAAAGAGGGCAUCCCCCCUGACCAGCAGCGACUCAUCUUUGCCGGCAAGCAGCUGGAAGAUGGCCGCACUCUUUCUGACUACAACAUCCAGAAAGAGUCCACCCUGCACCUGGUCCUGCGCCUGAGGGGUGGCAUGCAGAUCUUCGUGAAGACCCUGACCGGCAAGACCAUCACCCUGGAGGUGGAGCCCAGUGACACCAUCGAGAACGUCAAGGCCAAGAUCCAGGAUAAAGAGGGCAUCCCCCCUGACCAGCAGCGACUCAUCUUUGCCGGCAAGCAGCUGGAAGAUGGCCGCACUCUUUCUGACUACAACAUCCAGAAAGAGUCCACCCUGCACCUGGUCCUGCGCCUGAGGGGUGGCAUGCAGAUCUUCGUGAAGACCCUGACCGGCAAGACCAUCACCCUGGAGGUGGAGCCCAGUGACACCAUCGAGAACGUCAAGGCCAAGAUCCAGGAUAAAGAGGGCAUCCCCCCUGACCAGCAGCGACUCAUCUUCGCCGGCAAGCAGCUGGAAGAUGGCCGCACUCUUUCUGACUACAACAUCCAGAAAGAGUCCACCCUGCACCUGGUCCUCCGUCUGCGGGGUGGCAUGCAGAUCUUCGUGAAGACCCUGACCGGCAAGACCAUCACCCUGGAGGUGGAGCCCAGUGACACCAUCGAGAACGUCAAGGCCAAGAUCCAGGAUAAAGAGGGCAUCCCCCCUGACCAGCAGCGACUCAUCUUUGCCGGCAAGCAGCUGGAAGAUGGCCGCACUCUUUCUGACUACAACAUCCAGAAAGAGUCCACCCUGCACCUGGUCCUCCGUCUGCGGGGUGGCAUGCAGAUCUUCGUGAAGACCCUGACCGGCAAGACCAUCACCCUGGAGGUGGAGCCCAGUGACACCAUCGAGAACGUCAAGGCCAAGAUCCAGGAUAAAGAGGGCAUCCCCCCUGACCAGCAGCGACUCAUCUUCGCCGGCAAGCAGCUGGAAGAUGGCCGCACUCUUUCUGACUACAACAUCCAGAAAGAGUCCACCCUGCACCUGGUCCUCCGUCUGAGGGGUGGCUAUUAAUUCUUCAGUCUGCAUUCCCAGUGGGCAAUGAUGGCAUUACUCUGCACUAUAGCCAUUUGCCCCAAUUUAAGUUUAGAAAUUACAAGUUUCAGUAAUAGCUGAACCUCUGUUAAAAAUGUUAAUAAAGGUUUUGUUGCAUGGUAAGCAUA